AUGGCCACUGGGGAAGGAGAAAGAAAGAUUGAUAAUGCAGAAGAUUUUUUGCAGGUGAACGAGGAGUCCGAUAGUGAUGAUGAGAAUGAGACUUCUGGUAGUGAGGAAAUUGAAGACUUCUGUGAUGGUGAAGAUGCUGUGCAAUCCAUUGGAGAAACUUGUACAAUUCCCAUAGAUGGUGUUGAAGAUAUGGGUAACAUCAAUUUCGUCACUUUAACAUUUGAAGACAUGAAGAAAUACAGGUUUUUAAAUCGCAAUGUUGCCUACGAUUUUUACAAUAUGUAUGCUCGCUUUAAUGGAUUUUCUGCCCGUCGGAGCGUUGUCAAGAAAAACUUUAAGGGAGAAAUUGUGCAGCAGAAUUUUGUUUGUCAUAAACAAGGUCACAGAGAAGAUAGAUUUGGGGAAGAUGGAGUUCGCAAGCGUGAACCUAGGAGGGACAUUAGGUGUGGAUGUUUAGCACACUGCAAGGUCCAUAUUGAUGAAUCUGAAUAUGGUCAACUGGCUGCUCUCCAGGACCUAUACAGAACCUUGAACUACCCACCAGAGCUUCAAGGAUGGAAUGGUAGCGAUCCUUGUGUAUAA